AUGUCAACCAAAUCCUCCAUCAAGGAGCCCGACAAGGAUCCCGAGAAGCCACCCGAGGCUAACGUCUGCGCCAAACCUGACUGUGACAAGCUCGCCAACAAAGUCUGUACAGCAUGCAAUCCUCCGAAGACUCGGUACUGCAGCGCAAAAUGCCAGAAGGACGAGUUCAAAUACCAUAAGAUGAGCUGUGUGGGCAGUCAGAAGGUGAACUGUUUCCUCAUUCGAGCCAUUGCCGCCAAUGGAGGCAAAGAAGACGUCGAUCACAUUGAGCAAUUCUACCUGCGCAGCUACGGCGAUUUUUACGCGCAGUUGGAAGAAUUGCAAAGCCGCCUCGGUUGGCGUAUUAUCAUGGAAGCUGGACAAUUCUACGCGCCUGAUCCCAAAAUCAACCAUUGGCACUACAUGGUCUUCCACCCCGAUGAACAUGACAACCAACUUGUUGUCAACGGAAUCGCUUCGCGCUGUCUCGGCAGGAUUAUUCGAGGUGAUGUUGCUAUCAUUCGUGAUGCAACUAGCGACGAGGUAUGCUGUUUUCCUGAGGAGUUUAGUCGUCGAGAGCUUCUGGCCGCGGUGGAGUUUUACGAAACUCAUGACGCAAACCAGACCAACCGGAAUCGCUCAGGGGCAGCUAUGGCAGACAGGAUGGGCUAUCCGUCUCGUUUUAUCGAUGGCGUUUUUGUUGUUCAACUGUGA